CGUACACGUUCCGGGAACGGUCCUAACGACCGUCUUUGUAUCUGAAAUGAUAGCUUUACGGACGCUGCGAACGAGGAGCGGACUCGGUUUCCGCGCAAGCAGCCUAAGAUGUACGCAGUUCACUGCGAAGAGAGGAUAUGCAGCUGCAGCGGGUGAGCUUAAGAAGACGGGAUUAUAUGAAUUCCAUGUCAAACGUGGUGCGAAGAUGGUGCCCUUCGCCGGUUAUUCCAUGCCUCUGCAGUAUGGGGAUGUUGGCCAAGUGGCCGCUCACAAUCAUGUUCGAUCAAGUGUCGGACUAUUCGAUGUAGGACAUAUGGUGCAAAGCAUUUUCCGAGGCGCAACCGUGACCCAGUUCCUUGAAUGGCUAACCCCUUCCUCACUCUCGUCGCUGGCUCCAUAUUCGUCGACCCUCUCCGUCCUCCUAAACGAUAGGGGUGGAAUCAUAGACGAUACUGUCAUCACUAAACAUGCCGAAGAUUCGUUCUACGUUGUUACGAAUGCAGGCAGACGUGACCGAGAUUUGGCGUGGUUCAACGAGAAGCUCGAGGAAUGGAACUCCAGCGAAAGAAGCGCGUCCGGGAAGGUCGAGCUGGAGGUCUUGGAAGAUUGGGGCUUGCUCGCUUUGCAAGGCCCUGAGGCUGCAGAGUAUCUCCAGUCGCUCACUUCGUUCGACUUGAAAGGCUUAACGUUUGGUCGAUCCGCAUUCCUCCCAAUCGAGGGAUUUAACCUGCACGUAGCACGUGGGGGGUACACCGGUGAAGAUGGAUUUGAGAUCUCUGUCCCACCAAAGCAUACCGAAGAAGUAGCACAGUUGCUCGCUCGGCACCCUGUCCAGCUUACGGGUUUGGGUGCACGAGAUAGUCUUCGUUUGGAAGCCGGCAUGUGUCUUUACGGCCAAGACCUCGACGAGGACACUACCCCCGUUGAGGCUGGUCUUACGUGGGUUAUCGGGAAGGACAGGAGGGACUCGGCAGACUUCAUCGGCUUCGAGGGUGUCAAGAAACAUCUAAAAGAUGGUCCCCCAAGAAGACGGGUUGGUUUGAUUGUAGAAGGAGCUCCCGCCAGACAGGGUGCAACAAUUUACAAACCCGGUACUAAAGAGCCUCUCGGCUCUGUCACUUCGGGCAUACCUUCACCGACGCUGAUGAAGAAUAUUGCUAUGGGCUACGUGCAGAGCGGUUGGCAUAAGAAAGGGACAGAGCUGGAGGUCGAGGUCCGCAAGCAGAUGCGAAAAGCGGUCGUCACACCCAUGCCCUUCGUCAGGACGAACUACUACAGAGGAUAGGUGUUUCCGAGUGACGGCAUGGGCUCAACUUCCAUGUAAGGUCUGCACCAGUACAUUAUGUGAGACGUGAUAAUACUGCAAAGCAGAUACGAACGCGAGGAUAGUCGUGGCCAUUCAGCG